GAUGCAGAGGCACGACCUGGGCGCCCGCGUGGACCUGCGCCCCAUGCAGCGGCAGUUCCCCUACGUCCCCGCCGAGGGGCGGCAGUUCUGGAUGUACGCCACCGCGACCACGUGCCCCGUGGAGGUUUUGGAGCAGUGGCCGAAGGGCUUUGACAACCCGGAUUGCGAGAAGUUCGCGCCCGGGGAGAACAAGGUGAGCGUCUUCGUUGACAGCACAAGGCCCAGUAUUCAGGCUCUGAAGUGGCUCGGCAAGGUGAUUCCGCUGCUGGAAGAGGCCAAAUGGUACCAAGGUCUCAUCAAGGGACUCGAACGGUGGACGGUGGGCAACCACAAGGGCUUUGUUGCGACGGAUGACACCCUGAAAGCCAUCAUUGUCUCCGUGUCGGGGACUGGUAUGGUGACGAAUCUGGGCUUUUUUGCAGACGUCUUGGCGGAUACCAACGCCAACUCGUUGUAUGGAUUGGAAUGCCCAAUUCUCCAGAUCCAAAAGAAACUCAAGUUCGUGCCAUACAUCAAGAAAUUGCCUGGCUUGUAUCACCGUGGUUUCUGCUGGUUCUAUAACAUGAUGGUUCUCUACACCAGCUACCAGACGGAUCUGAUCACGGCCGUGAAGGCCAACCCUAGCUAUGAUGUGAUCUUUGCUGGUGCUGCCAUUACUCUGGCUGCUGCAGAUUACUUGCAUCGCAUUCGACCGGAACUCACGAAGAAGGGUUCGAGUGUCGUGGAUUACAUCGAAGCUGCUGUCUGUGACGAUUGCGCCUUCCCCGAGUCCAGCAGCAUUCCGUCGGGGGUCCCUGCGACGGGCCACGUGCUGCUCUACACCUAUGGCUCCCCACGAGCAGGGUCACCGUCCUCUGCUGACUACCUGCAUGCACGGCUCGAUGCUUCCUAUCGGGUGACACGGAACGGCGACCCGGUUCCUUUGCUCAUGAUGUGCCAGCGACAGGAGUCGGAUCGGCAGGCGUGCACGCCGGCGGAGGAGAAUCCCUACCAUGAGGUGUACUACCCUCAUGAGAACGGCACCCACUACAUGUGCAAUGGCUUAGGGGAAGACCCCAAGUGCGCAGAUAGCCGGUCCAUCGAGCACGGCUAUACCUUUGAAGAGUUUGCCUAUGGCUUCGGAAAUAUCCACACCGCCUACUAUGGCAUGGGACCUUGGGCGUAUCUACCACCAACUCAACGGUGGUGCUGCUCUGAUUGA